CAAAGAUAAAAAUGUACUGAGUAUCUCUACUUUCAAUUCAAGAUGAGGAAUUCGGGGCAUGUCUAAAUUUUCUAGUUUUAUAGAAGGCUUUUAUCCACAAGAAUCAAGAUCAUCCCUUUCUGAGCAGGAAUCCUUUGUGGAUUGAAGACUUCAGAUUCUUUUCUGAGGUAUAAUUAUACAAUGGGGUGGAUUCGUGGUCGGAGGCCUCGUCACAGCUUGGCAAUGAGCGAAUUUCGUAAUUAUAACUUGGAGCUAGCAAAAGGUGACUUUUCGACACGAUGGCAAAAGCAAAGAUGUCCAGUAAUCAAAAGCAAAUGUAGAGAAAACUUCACUCCAUUAUUUUUCUGCUGUUUCAUUGCUGUAGCUAUGGGAAUCCGUUUCAUUGUUAUGGUAACAAUAUGGACUGCCGUAUUCCUAAAUUCAUUAUUCAACCAAGAAGUUCAAGUUCCCUUGAUCGAAAGUUACUGUGGCCCAUGUCCUAAAAACUGGAUAUGUCAUAGAAAUAACUGCUACCAAUUUUUUAAUGAGAAUAAAAACUGGUAUGAGAGCCAGGCUUCUUGUAUGUCUCAAAAUGCCAGCCUUCUGAAAGUAUACAGCAAAGCGGAACAGGAUUUCCUUAAAUUGGUGAAGUCAUACCACUGGAUGGGACUAGUAUAUAUUCCAACAAAUGGAUCUUGGCAGUGGGAAGAUGGCACCAUUCUCUCACCCAACCUACUAACAAUAAUUGAAAUGCAGAAGGGAGACUGUGCAGUCUACGCCUCAAGCUUCAAAGGCUACACAGAAAACUGUUCAACUCCAAAUACAUACAUCUGCAUGCAGAAGACUGUGUAGGGAUGAUCGAUCAUGUCAGUAAAAGCCAGGAACAAUGAAGGGACUAUACCAGCGGAAACACUGCCCACUGAGACCAAAGGAAACAAAGAAAACAGGACAAGAUGACAAAAGACUGUCAGACUUCUUAGACUCCACAGGAUCAGACCAUAGACCAAUUCCAAUGCAAACGUGCAUGAUUCUCCAAGACAAAAGAAUAAAGAUCCUGAAGGCAAUUCCUCAAGGCUGUCUCUCCCACCAUAAGCCCAGAGUGGCAGGGCUGGGGGAGGAGCGCUAUUUUAAUUUCUAAAGGAAGGACCAACACCCAGGGGAUCAGUGAAGGAAGAGAAGCCCAGCAGAUCCCUGAGAGGGCAACUCCACCUCCGCAGGAAAUUGCCUUACGGGUAGGGCCACGGCACAGAGACACAGUAUGGGCAAUGCCUUGCUUGCCUGUGGGGGUCAUGCUGCCACUUUUAAUGGGUCCCUUCCCGACCCUGUCCCUGCCACUUUUAAUGGUCCCUUCCUAACCCUGGGUCAGGAAGGUGAGACUGCUGCCCCAGUGGGCCAUGAUUAUGUUAAGGCUUUAUUCUCCAGCCUUAAGAUCUUAUGAAGUUUCCUUUGCUAGGAUUUGGACUUGCUUGAGUACUAGGACUGUUUCUCUUUCUCUGUUUCUUCUUUUUGGAAUAGUAAUGUCUAUACUAUGCUUGUCCCACUAUUGUAUUUUGGAAGCACAGAACUUGUUUGGUUUCACAGGUUCACAAUUAGGGAGAAAUUUUGCCUCUGAAAUAGAAUCUUGAGUCUCAUGCAUAUCUUGUUUGAUGAUAUUUAGAUAAGACUGUAACCGGGAGAGCAUAUCCAGCUCCCAGAAAUGGGAGGGCUAACCCUGAAGAAUGGGGAAAGGGUCCUCGGUGAGCUUGCUGUUCAAAUAAAUAUCGUGGACCCCAAGAGUUUUGCGGAAGAGUGAUUUAUUAGACAGAGAGUGAGAGAGAGAGACAGCUCCCACGCUGCUGUGGGAAGGGAGCCCAGAGUGGGAAAUCAGUAUAGGUAGGAGCAGCUGGAGUUUUAACCCUUGAGUUAUUCCCGCCCCAUUCACGUUCUUGUCCAAUGAGAGGAGUUCUUUCACAUUUCCUCUGGAGUGAUUGAUCUUUGAUUCUGAUACCAGAUUGGCUACUUGCUCCACAAUCCUGAGUUACAGAGCCCCCUCCUCCCAGAGCUUUCAGUGGGAUUUUGGGACAAAAGAGCCACACAAAGAGCCCCACCUGGUUUUCCCUACCUGGCCCCCGUGGGGAAAGCCAGAAAAAUAACUUUACAUUUGAAACUUCUCUGGUUCCUGGAGGAGGUGCUCAAAGGAAAUCCCUGCAUUUGAAACACACCCCUUGUGGACUCGGGAAAAGAAGUCCCUCGAGACUCCGAACUUUAGACUUUACAAUCGAUUCUGCAAAAAGUUAAGACUUGGGUUAAUAGGAUGGAAUAAAUGCAAGCAAAAAGAACACAAACUUUGCCAGGGUCAGAAUGUCAUGGAGAGUGUUUCUAUUCCCCUAAAAUUCAUAUUUGAAAUUCUAACUCCCAAUGGUGUGGUAUUAGGAGGGUGCCUUUGGGAGGUAAUUUAGGUGUGAAAGUCAAUUAUAAGAAUUGGGUAAUUCUUUUCAUACCUAAAUAAAACAGAGUGGAGAAGCCAGCAGGGAAAACAUUCGAGGUACAAAACAUUGCUCUAAAAAUGUAAUUAUCUGCAAGCCUGGCUGCUGAAACUGCCUAUUGUAACCAGAAACCAGUUUUAUCUUUAGCUUCUGAAAUAAUUUACUGCAACUCUAGGACUAAUGUUUGCUCACACUGUUGUCACUGAACACUCGGAGUUUUCCCGCUCCCCAGAUCCUUACAAGUGUCAAUGAACCUUCUGAAAAAGCAAUGUGGAAAGCCCCUAACCUUCUCUUUGUUCUUUGGAUAUACCGAAGACCAUGUGUAUACCCCGAACUGCAAUUCUUUCUUUCCAAAUAAAACAUUACAUUUAGA